AUACGCCUUCGCUGGUCCUAUACUGAUCGUAUUUGCAGGUCGGAUGGAUGGAAACGCUCAUCACCAAGAACUUCAUCGAAGCGGGAGCCCGAGAAUUGGACGAUUUCAAAGCUCUAGCGAAGUGCUUCGGACAGGAACAUCGUGGACCGAUGGUCCAUGCGCAUUUCAUGAGACAUUCAUGCACACGAGUGUCGACGCACUCGCGACCCGACAUCAAAUCAAAACAACAUUCUCUUCCAGCGGAAGAAGCCGGUGACAAGACCAAGCAACAGGAGAACGUUGCUGAGAAUGUUCCGAAGGAUGGGACCUCAACACCGAAAUUGGAGCCGUCCAGGGGCAAGGAGAAGGAGAAGGACAAGGAGAAGGAGAAAGGAAAGGAGCUGCCAACCACUCGCGCGGAGAAGAAGAAGGCGAAGACUGAGAAGCAGACGAAGAAAGGAGGCAAGGGAGAUGGGAAUGGAGGGAAAGGUCAGAAGCCAGGAAAAGGACAGGAUAAGACUGCUCUCGGCACUCCCACUCCGGGAAAAGGGAAGGGGAAGACCGGGAAGCUUGUUCUAUUCAUGCCGUAUCUACACUACGAGACCGAUUCUCGACGGAUGCGCAUGAGUCAAACCAUCAAAGAGGCGCUGACGAGAGAGCCCCCUUUCGUGCCUCAAACGUUGGAUGAUCUACUGAUCCGAGCGUACAUCAACUCCGAUCCUCCGCUUCAUACCCGGCGGACGCUCGAUCAGUUCUUCUACCACGGCAUAGAUACGACCGAGAGGGAUCGGGAUCAGGUCGUGUUUAGGUACUGUCAGCAUCGGGGAUUGGAACCCAAGCUGUUCAUGGUUGAUCAGAUGUGGAUGUGGAUCCUUGGUGAAGAGCUCAUCAUUACAAGUUUUCCUCAACGAUACCAGCAACCCAAGCAGGAUCCUGUCAACAUGCUCGAAGGGAUCAUUGAAGAUAUGAAUGUGAAGACACGGCCACCCAUGAAGAACGUUUAUGACCUUGCUAUGCUCAUCACGACGAGAUGUUCCGGAGUGUUUGAUCGGCAUCGUUUGGACAAUCAGGAGUUUCAGUUUUUGGACAUGUUUGAGACGUCGAUUGGUCAUGUAACGAACAGAGAAAGCAAGUUGUUUUCAAGGUUCAAUCGAGCAUCUGCAGGAGCAGCGCAAUGGUUACGAAACCAUCGACGUUCGCAACGAGCAAGCACUUGGUCGCGGGCAUUGGACACGAACCCCAACGAUCCUGGUCGCAGAGAUGAUCUCUUCCAAGACUCAUUACUGGAUAUCGGCACGGAGACCGAGCUGUUGGCUGAGAUCAAAGACAUCCGAGAUGAGAUCAACAUCAUCAAGAUGGUGCUCCAGCACCAAGUAUCUGUCCUGCCGGAUCUAGCGGAUUUCAUGUUCGAGGAACUCGGCGGCAAGAAAUCCCUGGAAGCGUUUGAAAUUCGGAAGAGAUCGAAGGAUCAGUUGAAAAUCAUCGAUGUGCAUGUCAAAGAUCUCGAGCGCAUGGAUAAGCAAGCGGAAAAUAUCUACACAUCUCUCACCCACCUUCUUGACCUCAAACAGAAGCAAGCAAACGCAUUCGAAGCGCGAUUCGCUGCCGAUCGCGCCAUUUCAUCUGCUCGACAAGGCCAGACGGUCAUGGUCUUCACGAUUGUUACCAUCAUCUUCCUUCCCAUGUCCUUCAUCGCCUCCUUUUUCACAGUGGAUAUCUCCAAUUUCCCACGCAAUGACGACGGCUCUUCCGCAAUGACGCUCGAUUGGGUAUCUAAAUAUGUCUUUGGGAUCGGAUUCGCCAUAUCUAUACCCCUUAUCAUGAUGGCGUUCACAGUGGACGAUAUUGGUCGAGCGAUCAAACAUGUUUAUCACUUUCUGGCGCAUUUCCAUGUCCAAUUACACAGUCACGAGCAUCAUCACCAGGUGCUCGCGGGCCAUGGGCCCCGACGAUCGGUUCAUUUUGAAAUCGACUCGCAUCGGGAUAGUAUUAGCGGUUUUAAGGAGUUUCCUAGACCGGAUACUUCUGAGUUGAGGAGAAGCGUCGGGUUUGGCAGCGACCAUGGUGUAGGAAGUGACAGGAGGGAAUCGUUGUCACCACUGAAAAAUCGCCCACUUCCACGGGUGGCGACUGGAAGGACUGGUUUCUCGUGGAAGAGCUGGGAGGCUGCGGCCAGACAUAGUCGAGACAUUGAGAGGGGGUGACCCCCAGUGUUGACUGUAUUUUUUAUGUAUGAAUAUCAUUCAUAGCCAGGGUUCUUGAGAUUCGGCUGGAUCCUCUUGGAUAUAGUCUAUGGCUGCCUGGAAUUGAGUACUUCCAAAUGGCCAUCAGUUCGGCAACGAUUGCAUACUUAUGUGCACCCGUCAUAUAACACUGGAAUCGAUACCUGCAUGACCAACA